AUGACGCACCAUACAUAUUCCGUCACCCUCAUCCUAACAAUAUACACAUACCACGGCUUCCAUGAAUUCCCAGCAGCUUACAAAUCUCAGCAGGAUCACCCAGUAGUGCCUCACUCACCAACAGAAACUGACCAACGGUUUGCCACCACACAAAAUCAGAGGUCACAACACUUUAAUAGAAGGAUUGCUGUGAAGACGCCGCGCAAGUCAUCUCCUGAGUCUCUAUGUAUUGUGGACAGCACAGUGUCGGUGUCGUCAGUGUCAGUGUCAGUGUCAGUGUCAACGCGGGCUGGCUGGGGCGGGUUGGCUGGGGUAUACUGGCUGGGGUGGGUGUGGCGGCGGGUCAAACAUGGCACCCCUGGAAAGAGUCAGACGACGUUCAUUAGGACUUUUGAUUCGCCAAUACUCAAGUUUCACGCCACGUCUGACAUGGGUCACCGCUCCUUCCACAACUUCCCUCCUCAUACCACCUGUUUCUCUCCCGUCUGGUAUCGCGAGUUUUUUGCUGAGCGCGAUGGCGGUCGGGUCGAGGCUAUAAAGGUGAGAGCUUCGAAAAUCGGUGGUUCAGUCUGCUGCCACUCGUCGCCUGGGACUGACCGACCAUACCAGCUGCUGUACCAGGCGAUUGUUGUCACUGCAGCAGUUCCCACAGCUUUUGCAAGCAUGGCCUGGGUCUUCUGGGCACUGGCCACAGCCGCCGCCGGAGUCGCCCUCACAAUGGCUGAUGGGGGAGGGUACGGUGCUCUCCAUGCUCCAGCUCCAGUCUACCAUGCCCCAGUGCAUUCCUACCAUCCUCCUCCGCCACCUCCAGUCUCCUAUGCACCCAUCUCUAUCUACUCCGGAUCGUCUGGUGGGAAAAAGGGAGGUGGAAAGAGAGGAAAUCUUUUUAAUAAGGGCCUUCGUGGUGGAUUUUCUUUAUUCGGUGGCAAGGGUAAGGGAAGGGGUAAAGGCAGCUCCGGCCGGGUCAUCGCCCCAGUGCACAUUCCAGCCCCACCUCCUCUAAAGCAGCAUCACGUACUGAACGUCAAGGUGCCUCAGUGUCAUCCUCUGACGCAUUACGUCACCCAGUACGUCACCGAAGCACAUCCUGUUCCGCAGGUGCACACUGAGUACGUGGAGAACGUGGUGCCGUCCAUCCUGUACAAGACCAAGCAUGAGCGCCUGGUAGAGACCUCCAUUGUGACGGAUGUCGUUCGAAGCAUAAUCACCGUCACCCACACCACGUCUGUUCCAGUUACCCGGUACAGCUCUGUCACUGAGGUGGUGACGCAGGUGGAAACCAGCAGCGUGUACCAGACCACGGUGGAGGUGAGCUACACACCGGUGUAUAGAACCAAAGUGCUGACAGAAACACAAACCAUCACUCAGGUGGAGAGCGUACCGGAUGUCCAGGUGUCUCUCGUCACCAAGUCCAUCUACCUGCCUCCCACCGACUACAUCACCGUCACGGAGCCCCGUCUGAUUCCGUCUCCGGUACUAACAUCCGCCGUUCAGCACUACACCGUUCAUCCGCAGUCGCAUCACCCGCCCGUCCAUCACGCGGGAGGAUACGGGUCUCCUGCAGUCACCGUCACAGUCAAGGAGCCCGUCUACCAGGAAGUCACCACUACCGUUUACCGUCAGAAUUACGUCACUCAUACGGAGUACCAGACGCAGGUGGUUACGCAGACCAAUUACCAGGACGUGACCCAAGUGGUGACAGAGUACGUGACGAUAAGGCCUGACUGUGGUGGUGGCAGCUACGGCUCUGGGCGGCCAAGCGUACCACUCGAUGUAACUCUCCACGAGGUCAGUGGAGAACUGGACGACGACCUCUCUUUCAUCAAACACCAGGUGGCGCCGCGGCUUUACGGUUCCGACUGCAGCCUGUGUUAGCCGCUCUCCUCCCAUACGUAUAUUGGCUUUUUCCCGUCCUCAGGCAAUGUCACGCCGUUUCCUUGCCCAUUGUUAUUCACCGUUUGCUCACACUUCACAAAGCUGAGGAAGCAGCUCUUCCCAGAGGCUCCCGUAGUCUGAAGACAGGUUUUGUUAUACGAGUGUAUCAUUAAGUUACUUCUUUUUAUUCUUGUCAUUUUGUUUUCAAAAUGUAAUGUAUUUAAGUACAAACGCACGCAUGCGUUUAAUUGUAUGAGUGUAUGUAAGGAGGUUCGUAGGCACGCGUACAGAAAGGCAUGCAAUGCGGUAGACAAAAAUGUAGACGAAUAGGUAGGAGAGUUGCAGGAAAGUGAUAAGUUGUUAGCAGCACGGAUCAUGAACCAUACCAUAUCUCGCUUCACUUUCGUUUUUCUAUUAACAUUGAAUUGUUUCAAUACCGACCGAUCACUCUGCUUUACAAUUUUAGCGUGUGUAAUUGUGAUUAUAUAUUGAACAAAUAAAUACACAGAUAGAUAGAUACAAAGACAAAUAAAUAGAUAAACAGGCAGA